UGGUAGAAAUCGUGGGGAAAUGAUUGUAUUUAUUAGCUGUCUUUCUGUGGCUGUCCCCAUGGAGACAAUUUGUGAUGGCAAAGAAUGCAAGGAGGGGAGGCUGAUGCCUGAUUGGGAUGCUUUGUAUUUGGCAAAGUGGCUUCUGAUUGGCCUGGGAGAGCCCCGAACUCGCCGGAGUCGAUAUUCAUUCAGCUUGCUCAAGUGCUUGCUAAACUGCAUCCAAACACUGGCGGGCCCUGGCUGCCUCCACCGAGGUUGGCGGUGUGUAACCUGCCUAACGAGAUUAGCAGGGAAGGGGCUCUUCUCUGCUGCAACACAGCCGCCAGCACCAGUGAGAAAAGCUGCCGCGCGCCGGGUUUGCCAAGGUUGGUCCAAAGCUGGAUUAUAAACUUUUCAUGAGAAACUCUGCACAGUGCAUCCAGUGAGAUGGCAUCAGACAGUGAGGUAAAAACCCUACUGAACUUCGUCAACCUGGCCUCCAGCGACAUCAAAGCGGCUCUGGAUAAAUCAGCUCCUUGUCGCCGGUCAGUUGACCAUAGAAAAUACUUGCAGAAGCAGCUCAAGCGGUUUUCUCAGAAGUACUCACGGAUGCCACGGUGUCACCCCAGCAAACCCUCUGAGUGUGGCUGGCGCAGGGGGGCAGAGGAUCGGGGCCGUGGCCCCCAGCCCGAGGCACCUGACUCCAAUCCCCAUGGUGGGGCUGCCGCUGAGAAGGUGAUGCAGACAAUUGAGGCAGAGGAGAGCCUCACCGGGGAACGGGUUUUGCAGGAGCAAAAACCUGAUGCUAUCCGACCGGACCAGGUGCCCAUGAGAAAGCGACAGCUCCCUGCCUCUUUCUGGGAAGAACCACGGCCAGCUCAGAGCCUGACGACCAGGGCCUUUCCUGCCAGUCCUGAGGGGCUCCCAGCCCCCAGGGACCCUCCUCCCUAUGAGGGGAAGAAAAGCAAACGGAGCCCAGAUGCUGCUGACCCAGAGAACCCUCCUGACCCUGCACCACAUGCUGGGGAGAAAGACCCAGCCGGGGUCCUCUCAGGCCGGAUGGGUGCCUGGACCUGCUGCCCCUUCCCUUGCCCUGGGACAGGGGUGUACCAGCCCCCAGGAGCACUGCCCCCAUCACCCUUCCCGGGACUGGGACUGUGGAGGAAGAGUGCAGCCACACUGCCGGCGGAGGUGCCACACUUCUGCAAAGAGGCUGAUGGCACAGGGCAGAAACUGUACAGGCCCAUGGUUCUGAAACCCAUCCCCACCAAACCCGCCAUCCCCCCACCCAUCUUCAAUGUUUUUGGCUAUCUUUAGCGGGGCAGGUGUUGGAGUCAUACUGAACAUGACAGCUUCUGAGGAUGAAUUGAAAUGCCCGGUCAGCCACUGGGCAUGAGCUGCUGGCAGCAUGGAGGGGCAGGGGAAGGAGACCGGUGAUCACACCCUCUUCCUCGUGGGCGGGCUGGGGGGAAUUAGUAACUAUAGGGAAGCUACUUGGGCUCCACUUUCCUCUCAGUAUGCGGGUGUAAAUCAGGAAUAAACCUUAUGAAACUGGUGGCAUGGAGCAUGAGGCAAACCAGGGCUCUUGCAUUGAUGGGCAUUGUCUGAGCCGCAGUGAGCAGGGCUGCAGGCCAUUCAUAGCCGCACUUGUAACACCUAGAAGACCUCCUCCAUGUGGGAACAUCUUUCUGGGGCUGCCCUGCAGCAGCAGCAGUGAAAUGAAAUUAAUUAAACCCAUUCAAAAAGUUUUUGUUCUUUAAAGUUAUUCCAGAGAAGUCAAGAUAUUCAGGUCACUUUGUUUUGCAUGCAAGAGACUGGAAGGACAGUAUUUAAUGUAGAAACCACACUUGUGAUUGAAUUAAGCUCUUGUUAUAUGUAAAUACUGAAAUAAUUAAAAGAAAAAAAAUAAGGGAAGAA